AUGGAUGAAGAGAGGGUAAAUAUAUCGCCUAUCGAUGAUCCAACCGAUGAUCGUCUGAUGAUCACGACUGAUCUCGUUGCGGGUUGUUGCAAUGGGCUUGUGUGUGUUAUCAACACCGAUGAGUGUCGUUUCUUCGUGUCGAACACAGCCACUAGAAUCUCCAUCGAAUUACCAGACAUUGGCCUUACUUAUUCAUCAUCUUCAAUUAACGAAAUUAGGAGCUCGAAGACGAAUUCAUGGAAGACGGUGGAGCACGGGAGCCUCGACUGGCAUUGCUCUUUAGGGAAGUUUGCGUGUGGGAGGCUUCACUGGGUCGCAGUGAGUGGCGGAUAUACAUACAUUGAAUCCUUCGACUUGAAGACUGAGGUGUUUGGGACAAUGGAGCUACCGUGCAAAUUACAAGAGGGCGACGGGAUACGCCCGUGGCUGUGUGUGAUAGAGGGAUACCUUAGUGUGGUGUGUGAUGAUAUUGGUAAUGGAAAACGCAGAGUUUGGGUUAUGAAGGAUUAUGGGGUGAAGGAGUCUUGGGUGGAAGUGAUCACUCAGCCAAGCGAGAAGUUUACCCGUUGUUGCAAAGUGUUUUUCUAUCCUGAGAGUUUAGUCUCACCAAUUCCUCAAAAGAAUUUGGUGUAG